CUCCAGUCUAUGUAAGGUACCUAAAAGGUUGUUUAGAACAAGAUUGUUUGGAACAUCCCUCGAAGCUUCAAUAGAUUGCUCAAUCAUACCUACUAAUUCUAUGAUUAUUCUAUCACUCGAGCGGCAGAAACCUUUGCGGCCUGAGCUAUUCUAUACCGAACGAUCGAACUCAACAUACUACCAUAAUAUGUCUAGAAGCUUGAGAGUAGGUUCAGAGCAUUUCCAAGGAUAUAUUGGCAUUCGAAUUAUACGAGUCUCCAAACAAAAUGUUAUCCAAUAGAAAAUUACGGGUGAUCGAAACCUGGAGAGCCGAAGUCAAGUCAACCCAGAAUUAUUGCGUGUGCUCUAGGCCCUGCUUAGGCUCGUCUGAAAGCACAAAUGAAGCAUCAGAAUCUACGUCGACUACAUCCGUAGGUAUAGACAGCAAUCCACAAUCAUCACAUCAAUCUGAUUCUACCGAGUCUACGCCUCCUGUCACCCUUUCGCCAACGGACAUUACGGAUUCGGAACUUUUGGGCAAACCAACGUGUCCCAAUUGUCAAUUGCUGAUUGAUCGAGACGUAUCGCUCAACGAGCUUAAUGAGUGUGGGGAGACUGGUCUCGUACGCAAGGGAAGCCCACGGUCCUUAUCCGGCUUGGACAAGCUGGAUGAAAUUAUACUGUGCUAUCAGGAUUUGGCCGCCGAUAAACCCAAGAAAAGUAAGAUCAAAGACCACUUAUUAAACCCGAUCACAAACCUCAAAUCUUUAGGGUCCAAGACUGUAGCCUCCUCGGGAACAUUGAAUAAGGGGAUGCGCAGUCUAAGGUCUCUCAAGGCCAAGAAGUCCUCGUCGCCGGGCGAUAAUGUUGUCAGCGUUCGAAGUAACCGUCCCCGCGCUACAGAAAUCUACGCCCAGUACAGGUGUGAUGCCUCGUCCGCAGAAUCGAGUGAUGACGAGCGUAAGAGGCCUAUGCUAUCUAUCGAGGAACGCAGAGAUCGUCUUCGAAGAGCUCGCAGCCUAGCGCGCCGUACGAGGGCUUAGAUUGCCAUCUCGAACUCAGAUGAUGCACCGAAAAAAAAGAUUGAUUAGACGUUAUACGGAGAGGCUAGGGUAUCAUGGAAAAGAGUAUAUUCGAUGGUUUGAGGAUACGAUGCCAGGUGUCCUUCUUCUUCAAAGCGCUGGUUUCUUGGGAUGUAAUCAUCAUAAUAGCAUAGGCCAUGUCUACAUAAGGGAAUGGCAAAGGCGUUAGAGAGGAUGGCCGGACUUUAGAUACGGAUACAGCGGCAUUCGAAUUUUAAGAAUAGGAAUAUCCAUUAGUCUUAAGCGUCGGGUUCUGGUUUGUCAGAAUGGGACAGGAGCGCGUGUGGACAACUCUAGCUGUUGAUGUUUAGUCGACUACACUGUUUGUUAUAUCGUAUGAGAAGGACUCUCCGUCCACUGAAUUCAAGCUCUAAUUACAAUUCACUCUGUUUGGAAGUAUAUAUAUAGGUA